AUGCAAUUCUCAACAGCCAACGCACCCCACUGUCUGGUGCAAGAUAGUUUCGACGACAUAAACCCCAAGGACUUCCUUAGACAAGAAUUCAAGUCUAAGCGACCACGAACUGCUGAUAUCCUUCUCGAGGAGCUACCACAAGGUCUUGUUCAAGAUGCCGAAGCAGCAGAUGUCGCAGGAGAUUUCUUCUCAGCCAAGCCUGAGUUAGAGUCAGACGACGAACAACUCCCCAAUGGAAUCGAAGAGACCGAGGAAGAGAGACAGAAGCACUGGUUCGUCGGUAGCAUCGACCAGGGUACAACAUCAACCCGAUUCCUCAUCUUCAACGGGCAUGGUGAACCUGUCGCCAGUCAUCAGAUGGAAUUCGAGAACCUUUACCCCAGCUCUGGAUGGCACGAGCAUGACCCCAUGACCCUUCUUGAAUCUGCCGAGGUUUGCAUCGAGAAAGCAACCGAGAAAUUCUGCGCCCAAGGCCAUAGUAUCGAGGAAAUUCGCUCUAUUGGUAUCACAAAUCAGCGUGAAACCACCGUUCUUUGGGACAACACCACUGGCGAGCCCCUUUACAAUGCUGUUGUUUGGCCAGACACUCGUACUUCUGCCCUCGUCCGUGACCUCAAGAACAAGCCUGGUGCCGAUAAGCUCCAAGAAUCUUGCGGCCUGCCAUUGUCUACCUACCCUUCAAGUGUGAAGCUCCUUUGGGUCCUUCAGAAUGUGGAAUCUGUUCGAGAGGCCUACGAGGACGGCCGAUUAUCAUUUGGUACUGUCGACUCAUGGCUCAUCUACAAGCUCAACGGCGGACAGGCACGUGAGGGCGGGCCUAUCUUUGUCACCGAUGCCACCAAUGCUAGUCGUACCAUGUUUAUGAACCUGAAGACCCUCGAUUAUGAUGAUGAUCUUCUCAAGUUCUUUGAUGUUGAUCGCACCAAGGUCAGCCUACCCAAGAUCGUUCCCUCUUCUCACCCCACUGCCUAUGGUACUCUCUGCAAGGGACCUCUUAAGGGUGUCCCUAUUGCUGGCUGCUUGGGUGACCAAUCUUCUGCCCUCGUUGGUCAGUGUGGCUUCAAGCCCGGUCAGGCCAAGAACACCUACGGUACUGGCUGCUUCCUCCUUUACAACGUUGGCAACGAGCCUGUCAUUUCCAAGACCGGCCUGCUCGCCACUGUUGCAUACGACUUCGGCAAGGGCCGCAAGCCUGUCUACGCUCUUGAGGGUAGCAUUGCUGUUGCUGGCUCUGGUGUCAAGUUCCUCGAGAACAACUUGGGCAUUAUCAAGAACUCUGCUGAAGUCGAUACUGUUGCCCGAUCUGUUCCUGACAACGGUGGUGUCACAUUCGUGACAGCUUUCAGCGGCCUCUUCGCCCCCUACUGGAUCGACGACGCCAAGGGUACUCUCUUCGGAGUCACCCAGCACACCAACAAGGGUCAUAUUGUGCGAGCUACUCUCGAAGCUACUUGCCACCAGACAGCAGCCAUCCUGGACGCUAUGGCAGCUGACUCGGGCCACGCCCUCGACAUCCUGGCAGUGGAUGGCGGUCUAUCUAACUCGGACCUCUGCAUGCAAACACAGGCCGAUAUCAGCGGAGUUCCUGUCGAUCGCCCCGCCAUGCGUGAGACUACUGCACUAGGCGCUGCUAUUGCUGCGGGUCUUGCUACUGGAGUCUGGGACGAGCUUGAGGAGCUUCACGAAGUCAACCGAAAGGAUCGCAAGGUCUUCCACCCCGAGGCUGACCCCAAGACCGUUCGUCGAUCUCGCCGAAGAUGGGAGCGAGCUGUCGAGAUGAGCCGGGGUUGGUUGCAGGAGGAUGAGGAUGAUGAAUAA